AUGGAAGAAAAAGGGGGGGUGCUGCUGAUCAAUAAAUCAAAUCUGUGCGAUCAAUGCGCCCAAUCGCUGCAGUCUGGCGGGCGGGCGCGGGACGUCCAGACAGAGCAGGGGCCCCGGCGGGAGGAGCGCGUGACCUGGGUGACCCCCGCGGUCCCUGACAGAGACGCUCCGGGGGCCGCGUCACCUGCAUCUCCUCCAUAUGCUCAGUGCAGACAGGCCCUCCAUCACUUUCGCUCUGAGAAGGAGACAAUAACACUGACCUAA